AUGAGUACAGUCAUCACAAUAUUUAAAGGCAAAGUGGAAGAGAUUGAAUUGCCUGUGGACAAAGUAGAUAUCAUAAUCAGUGAAUGGAUGGGUUACUCCCUUUUCUAUGAGUCCAUGCUUAACACGGUCAUCUUUGCUCGAGACAAGUGGCUGAAACCUGGAGGGCUUAUGUUUCCAGACCGAGCGGCUUUGUACAUGGUAGCCAUCGAAGACCGACAGUACAAGGAUUUCAAAAUCCACUGGUGGGAGAAUGUCUACGGCUUCGACAUGACCUGCAUCCGGGACGUGGCCAUGAAGGAGCCUUUGGUGGACAUCGUUGACCCAAAGCAAGUGGUGACCAAUGCUUGUUUAAUAAAGGACGUUGAUCUUUACAUCGUAAAGCUGGAAGACCUGGCCUUCACCUCUGCGUUUUGCCUCCAGAUUCAACGCAACGACUACAUUCACGCCUUGGUCACCUAUUUUAAUAUAGAAUUUACAAAGUGCCAUAAGAAAAUUGGGUUUUCUACAGCUCCGGACGCGCCUUACACUCACUGGAAGCAAACUGUAUUUUACCUGGAGGAUUAUCUAACUGUCCGAAGAGGGGAAGAAAUCUAUGGAACCAUAUCCAUGAAACCAAAUGAAAAAAAUGAGCGUGACCUCGACUUCAUGGUGGAAUUGGAUUUUAAAGGGCAGCUUUGCGAAGCCUCCGUAUCUAAUGACUAUAGGAUGCGCUAA